UCCACAUGUACCAUCGACAGAGGCGAAGCGGGCUCCUCACACAUCGUCUAUAGCCCGGGCAUGAUCUGCAGCACCGGAGCCACAACCUCACUAUAUAAGUGCAAGCUCUAAACACACCAAAGACACCCACACGUAAGUAACCCCUCAUACAAGAAAAGCACAAACAACCACACGUACGUAACCAAGCAGCAUGAGCCUCAACGUUCCAAAAAAUAGCAGCAUGCGCCUCAAGGCCGUGUACCAGCGCAUCGUGGACAACUUCCUCGCCGUUGUCACCGCCGCCAUCUCCAGUUACUCUCUCGUCGCCCUGGUGCGGCUCGGACCAGCAGAGCUCAUCAGCUGGCUCCGUGAGCUCCAGCUUCAGCCAGCGCACCUCUUCUUGGCGGGGUUCGUCCCGGCCGCAGCGGCCACCAUGUACCUCAUGCUUCGCCCGCGUGCGGUGUACCUCAUCGACUACGCCUGCUUCCACUCCUCCUCCAACCGCCCGCUCGCCCGCAUCCCCAUGGCCUCCUUCGUCGAGCACACCAAGCAUACGCCCACCAUCGACGACCGCAGCGUCCGGUUCAUGUCGCGGCUGCUGCAGCGCUCCGGGCUCGGGGAGGAGACAUGCCUGCCGGCGGCGCACAACUACGUCCCCACGCACGAGUACUGCACCCUCGAGAACGCACGCGACGAGUUCGAGCUCGUCGUCUUCUCGGCCAUCGACGACCUGCUCGCCAAGACCGGCGUCGCCCCAGACACCAUCGGCACACUCGUCCUCAACUGCAGCCUCUUCUGCCCCACGCCGUCCUUGGUCGACAUCAUCGUUAACAAGUACAACCUGCGCAGCGACAUCCGCAGCAUCAACCUCUCCGGCAUGGGUUGCAGUGCGGGGCUGAUCGCCGCGGGGCUUGCCAGGACCCUCCUGCAGGUUCUUCCCCGAGGCGCCUGCGCGCUGGUCGUCUCCACGGAGACCAUCACGCCGAACUACUACGUCGGCAACGAGCGCGCCAUGCUCCUGCCCAACUGCCUAUUCCGCGUCGGCGGAGUGGCCGCGCUGCUGUCGACGUCCCCCAUGAAUGCCCGGUUCCGCCUAAAGCACGUUGUGCGCACCUUCACGGGCGCGAACGACGACGGUGCCUACCGGUGCGUGUUCCAGGAGGAGGACGACCAAGGGAACGUCGGGAUCAACCUUAGCAAGAACCUAAUGGUCGUCGCAGGGAGCUCGCUCCAGGCCAACAUCACUGAGAUCGGGCCGCUCGUCCUGCCGGCAUCCGAGCAGCUUCUCUUCGUCCUCUCCUUCAUCGCACGCAAGGUGCUUGGCGCGCGCAUCAAGCCCUACAUCCCGGACUUCUCCACGGCGUUCGAGCACAUGUGCAUUCACGCCGGCGGCCGUGCCGUCAUAGACCAGUUGCAGAAAAAGCUCCGCCUCACCGACCAGCAGGUGGAGGCGUCGCGGAUGACACUGCACCGGUUCGGAAACACGUCGAGUAGCUCGCUGUGGUACGAGCUCGCCUACGUCGAGGCCAAAGGCCGGAUGCGCAAGGGCGACCGCGUUUGGAUGAUCGGCUUCGGCUCAGGGUUCAAGUGCAACAGCGUGGUGUGGGAGUGCAUCCAACCAGCUGCCCGCGACACCGAUGGGCCAUGGACCACGUCUAUCCACAGGUAUCCGGUGGACAUUCCCGACGUGCUAAAAUAAGUCAAAUUCAUGAAUUGUGACCAAGUUUAUGGAGAAAAUUAUCUCUGUCUACUACCAAAUAUGUACGAUAUUAAAUAAAAAUAUAUUGCAUGAAUCUAGUGAAAUUGAUUUGGUAUCAUAGAUGUUGAUAUUUUUUUAAUAAACUUGGUCAAAGUUUACAAAGUUUGACUUUCAAAAUUGUAAUAUGCACUAUAUUUUGGGAUGGUGGGAGUACUACAUAAUAAGUGCAAAAA